CGGCUGGGCGAGUCCAUUCACAGGGGAAUCCGGAAGAUUCCAUGGCGAAGAAACUGGAACCUUCCAGUAGGUCGCGGCUCGCGUCCGCCCCCUGCCCAUCCCUUCCGCACCGGCGUCUGGGAAUUCAAAGCCGGCUAGUCGACCCGACAGCAGCCCUCCGCGCGCUACGAAAGAGCAGCAGCGCUCAGGAGGGGCCCGCGCGGGAACCGUCGCUGCUGGUGGCCGUUGGGGUUGGUUCUCGAGCUAGCCGUCCUCGCCCCCAUCGACCCUGCGCCGGCGGCCGGUCUGCUCCUGCCGCGGCCAUGAGGCACCUGCCCUAUUUCUGCCGUGGGGAGGUGGUGAGGGGCUUCGGCAGAGGCUCCAAGGAGCUGGGGAUCCCCACCGCUAACUUUUCUGAGCAAGUCGUCGAAAGCUUUCCAUCUGAUAUCUCCACUGGUAUAUACUAUGGGUGGGCCUGUGUUGGAAAUGGAGAUGUGCAUAAAAUGGUUUUGAGCAUAGGUUGGAACCCAUACUACAAGAAUGUAAAGAAAUCAGUGGAAACGCACAUCAUCCACACAUUCAAAGAAGACUUUUAUGGUGAAGUUCUUAGUAUAGUCAUUAUUGGGUACAUCAGACCAGAAAAAAACUUUGAUUCCUUAGAUGCACUUAUUUCGGCAAUUCAAGAUGAUAUUGAAGAGGCUAAUAGAAAACUAGACUUACCAGAACAUCUGAAACUCAAAGAAGACAACUUCUUCCACAUGCCAGAAAGCAAACUAGUAAAUGGCCAUUAAACAAGGUCAUGUGUACACUUAUUUUUAUUGUUACUCUUGUCUUUGAUCUGCUCUCAUUAGUAUUCAGCUGUUGUAUCUGGUUAGUUAAGUGAAAUCUGUGUGUGAACAAAACACUGUAAAACAGUACAACUGUGUUAGGCUUCUUUGUUUGAACUAAUGUAUUAUUAAAUCUGUCAUGCAAGGGAGUAGAAAGUAAUGUUAUUUUCUUCUUAAAAAUCAACAUUGUGAUUCAGUAUGUUAAAUUGUUCACAGGUCUGAUCCUAUGAAACACAAAACCAAAGUUACUAGUGUCUUUUUUGUCUAUUAAUGGUGUGUACAUACUGGCUACAGACAAAAGACUAUGUGAAGGCAUUUGUUUGUGAUGAGAUUAGAGUGGACAGUCAUUUCUGCUUUCAGUUGUUUUUAUAUUUUCCUAAUAUCUGGGCUUGAGCCACUAAUUUAGAAAACACCAAUAGUGAUCAUGCUACAAGUUUGUCUGUGAUGUGGAAAACAGCAGUAGCAAGAAUGAGCAUACUGUAGAGAUUAUAUUUUUGAUAUAUUUUAGUAGGCAUAUAUUACACUUGAAGCUGGCAUUAAUUGAAAUUAUUUAUUAUAAUUUUAUUUGAAGAGAUUAUCAUUAGAGUAAAAUAAUUGCACUGUCUUCCAUUUUAGUGACAUGCUCCCUAUUUUAAGGGUUGCCUGAAUCCUAAAAUGGAUGCUUCUGUUUAUUUAAAACAGUACACACAAAUCCCAUCAUGCCAAAUUAUGGGUUGACUGAUUUAAUUUUGGAAUAACAGCUCACUAAAUUUAAAGUAAUUUAAAGACACUAGAUUUAGGUUACUAAAUUAAAUUUGUGUAACUCUGAUAUUGCAAAGCUGAUUCAAAGCAGUCCUUAUUGCAAGAAAGCCUCAAAUGAUGUGGAGCCACUGUAGCAAGACCUGUGCCCUUGUAGCCCCUAGGAUGGGGGAGGGGACCAUAGCAAUUGAGUGUUGGCUAUUAACAGCUGCUGCAAUGGUGCUUUAGGGGCUGUGGCAGCUGGACAUAACUGAGAGCAACACUGAGGCUGCUCUUUAGGUUAAGUUGUGGACAAAACCCACCCCAGUUGACUUGAGGACUGGGAAGUUAAGCCAUUUUUAUGUCCUACCCCUUCCUUGGGUCGUGUACCAAAUGCAGCUUGCAUGGCGCUAAUGACGAUGAAGCACACUAUCAAUUACUAUGUGAAGAAGAAACCAAAGCCGCUUUUGGGACACUAUGUGAAGAGGAUAAAUUCAAAGUAUAAACAUUUCAGUAAAAAGUAAAUACUUAAUUAUGGUUUCUCUUGCCAUACAAGACAUAAACAUGCAGACAAAUGCCAUAUUAUCUAAACUGUGGUUUUACUCCAAGCCAGAUUCUAUAAAAAUGGGGCUCUGUAUUUCUAGUCUGAUUCCAGAUCAAAUCUGCUUCUCUUACAAGUAUGUGAUUUUUGUUCCUUCUAACUACUAGCCAUGCAAAUUCAUUCUGGAGUCUCAACCUGGGGAUUUUGCAUUCCUGAUCCUGGGCUGCUCCUUAGGCCUAGAAUGACGCUUCACAUAUGUUAGUGUGCUGAGGGCCUGUAAUAUACAGUUGUCACUGAGCACUGCCCUGUGCACUGCAGUGUUGUCCAGAAUCUCUGCAGUGCUGUGUGCUGUAAUCCUGCUUUGACACCCCCCCACCCCCAGCAUGCCUUUCAUUUCAGGGCUUAUGGGGUCCUCAGAAGUCAGACUUAGAGCUGUCUUCCUCAGUUCCUGUGAUGGGAAUCCUUCUCCGAAUACAGGCUUCUAGGUUCCCUUUGUGCUACUCUGGCUCUCUCACGCAGUGUAAAGAGACCAGAGCAGUUGUGAGGAUCUUGCCACGAGAAUGAAGUUGAAUUCUUUGAUUUGCGUAUCACCAAUUAAAGAUAUUGCAACUGGAACUUAACAGUCCUGUUGAUAUGAAAGAGAGAAAAGAAUCUAAAUCAGUUGAGGAAGAGCAAAUAGUACUUGAGCUGGUCCUAGCUAUCUUUUCAGAGUGCACACUGAAAAUUCUUGACAUAACUGCUGUCUGAAACUUUCCAAAGAAGUUUCAGAAUUUCUCAUUUGUCUUCUGUUCAAAGUUGGGAGAAAACUCAAUCAUAUGCGGUAGAAAAUACUGUUUAAAAAGAAUGGUUAAUGUGAGUGGCAUUUUACUAUAUGACUCAGUGUAAGAUGUCUUUUUACACUCUGCACAACAAUUCAGACUUGUAAGUCGGAAGGAAUGGUA